GGCUGGGAAGGGCCCCGCGCGCGGUGUGGAGGCGACUCCCAGGGACCCCUGUUCGGAGAGGGGCACAGCCAUGGCGGCAAGCCCGGGCAGCGGGGCCUCCUUGGAGGGUAUAUCCCUGGGCUCCUCCGAGGAAGCUGAGCUCCAGAGGGAAGCCAUGCAGCAGGUCCUGGACAACUUGGGAUCCCUUCCCAAUGCCACAGGAGCCGCCGAACUGGAUCUGAUCUUCCUUCGCGGCAUUAUGGAAAGUCCCAUAGUAAGGUCGCUGGCCAAGGCCCACGAGCGGCUGGAGGAGACGAAGCUGGAGGCGGUACGGGACAAUAACCUGGAGCUGGUGCAGGAGAUCCUGCGGGACCUGGCGCAGCUGGCCGAGCAGAGCAGCACCGCCGCCGAGCUGGCGCGCAUCCUGCAGGAGCCCCACUUUCAGUCCCUCUUGGAGACACACGACUCUGUGGCCUCCAAGACGUAUGAGACGCCGCCCCCCAGCCCGGGGCUGGACCCCACAUUCAGCAACCAGCCUGUGCCUCCCGACGCCGUGCGCAUGGUGGGCAUCCGGAAGACGGCCGGAGAGCACCUGGGCGUGACGUUCCGCGUGGAGGGCGGCGAGCUGGUGAUCGCGCGCAUCCUGCACGGGGGCAUGGUGGCCCAGCAGGGCCUGCUGCACGUGGGCGACAUCAUCAAGGAGGUGAAUGGGCAGCCGGUGGGCAGCGACCCCCGCGCGCUGCAGGAGCUCCUGCGCAGUGCCAGCGGCAGCGUCAUCCUCAAGAUCCUGCCCAGUUACCAGGAACCCCAUCUGCCACGCCAGGUGUUUGUGAAAUGCCAUUUUGACUAUGACCCGGCCCGAGACAGCCUCAUCCCCUGCAAGGAGGCCGGCCUGCGCUUUAGCGCGGGAGAUCUGCUCCAGAUCGUGAACCAGGACGACGCCAACUGGUGGCAGGCUUGCCACGUGGAAGGGGGCAGCGCUGGACUCAUCCCCAGCCAGCUGCUGGAGGAGAAGCGGAAAGCUUUUGUCAAGCGUGACCUGGAGCUGACGCCUGCCUCAGGGACGCUGUGCGGGAGCCUUUCUGGAAAGAAGAAGAAGCGAAUGAUGUAUUUGACCACCAAGAAUGCAGAGUUUGACCGGCACGAGCUGCUCAUUUAUGAGGAGGUGGCGCGCAUGCCCCCCUUCCGCCGGAAAACCCUGGUGCUGAUUGGGGCGCAGGGCGUGGGCCGCCGCAGCCUGAAGAACAAGCUCAUCUUAUGGGACCCCGAUCGCUACGGCACCACAGUGCCCUACACGUCUCGGCGGCCCAAGGACUCAGAACGGGAAGGCCAGGGUUACAGCUUCGUGUCCCGCGCCGAGAUGGAGGCCGACAUCCGUGCGGGGCGCUACCUGGAGCACGGGGAAUAUGAGGGUAACCUGUACGGCACCCGGAUCGACUCCAUCCGCAAUGUGGUCGCGGCCGGCAAGGUGUGCGUGCUGGAUGUCAACCCUCAGGCAGUGAAGGUGCUGAGAACAGCCGAGUUUGUCCCCUACGUGGUGUUCAUCGAGGCGCCCGACUACGACACCCUGCGCGCCAUGAACCGGGCUGCGCUGGAAAGCGGGGUGUCCACCAAACAGCUCACGGAGGCUGACCUGCGGCGGACAGUGGAGGAGAGCAGCCGCAUCCAGAGGGGCUACGAGCACUACUUCGACCUCAGCCUGGUCAACAGCAAUCUGGAGCGGACCUUCCGGGAGCUGCAGGCCGCCGUGGAGAAGCUGCGGACAGAGCCGCAGUGGGUGCCCGUCAGCUGGGUGUACUGAGCGUGCCCACCCCACCUUUCCCCGCCGUGGCCCCCAGCGCGCUCCCCCGCUCCCUGCCCUCCCCGGCCUUCUGGC